AGAAACUCCUUCCGAGGAAGAGGUCAGCAGUUUGCUGUGUUGAAAGCAUCAGCUCAUAGAUGUGGAAUAUUCCCUGAGACAGAUGGUUUCAAAAUAAGGAAAGAAGAACUUGAAAAAGAGAGCGGCUCCAGGAGACGAGAUAAAGGUCAUGGAGGUUCAGUGGAUCACACAUCACGUCAUCUUUACGCUUUUGGCGGCCACUGUAAGACCCCAAGUUAACCCAGAAAUGUGUCGUUAUCCCCUCGGUAUGACCGGUGGGCAGAUCCAGGACGAGGACAUCUCUGCUUCCAGUCAGUGGUCAGAGUCGACGGCUGCACGAUUCGGAAGACUUGAGUUUGACAACGGAGAUGGGGACGGCGCCUGGUGCCCUGACAUCAUGUCAGAGCCGGAUGGCCUCAAAGAGUACCUGCAGGUGGAUCUGCGCUCGCUGCAUUUCAUCACGCUCGUGGGCACCCAAGGUCGCCAUGCCGACGGAAUGGGAAAUGAGUUUGCCCAGAGAUACAGGAUCAAAUACAGUCGUGAUGGCAGCAACUGGGUGGGCUGGCAUGACCGAAAGGGGAGGCAGGUCAUUGAGGGGAACAGGAAUGCUUAUGAUGUGGUGCUGAAGGAUCUGGAGCCUCCCAUCAUCGCUCGUUUUGUCCGUUUCAUGCCUGUGACCGACCACUCCAUGAUCGUGUGUAUGAGAGUGGAGCUCUACGGCUGUGAAUGGCUCGACGGCCUGGUGUCUUACAGCAUUCCAGAUGGGCACCAAAUGAUCUACAGAGGCUUGGAUGUCUACUUUAAUGACUCUGUGUACGAUGGAGCAUCUGCAGAGAGACUGACAAAGGGCCUCGGUCAGCUGACAGAUGGCACCUGGGGUCUGGAUGAUUUUCUCCACAGUCACAUCUAUGGCAUGUGGCCAGGCUACGACUACGUGGGCUGGAACAACAAAAGCUUCCCGAAAGGUUACGUGGAGAUGACCUUUGAGUUCGACCACGUCCGAAACUUCACUUCCAUGAAGGUUCACUGUAAUAACAUGUUCAGCCGAGGGGUGAGGAUGUUCAGACAGGCCACUUGUUACUUCCGGUCUGGAUCAGAGUGGGAGGCUGACCCCGUGUCCUUCAGGCCCACUGUGGACCGUGGGAGCCAAAGUGCCCGUUUCAUCACCGUACCCCUCGGAGACCGCACAGCCAGCGCUAUCAAGUGUCGGUUCCACUUCAGUGACCUGUGGAUGCUGUUCAGUGAAGUGGCCUUCCAGUCAGGCUCAGCGGUGUACAACACAUCUCUGACUCCACGCAAACAUGGACAUCCCACAAACACACCAGGGGAUGAUCCUACUCACAAAGUGGAUGACAGCAACACCCGGAUCCUGAUUGGCUGCUUGGUGGCCAUCAUCGCCAUCCUGUUGACAAUCAUUGUCAUCAUCCUGUGGCGACAGGUCUGGCAAAAGAUGCUCGAGAAGGCGUCUCGUCGUAUGUUGGAUGAUGAACUCACAGCUCGUCUUGCCGUCCAGACCCAGGCCUUCUCCUUCCAUCACUCGUCUCUGUCCAGCGAAGGCGGCUCCACCUCAAACUCCACCUAUGAGAGAAUCUUCCCCCUCUGCUCCGACUACCAGGAGCCCUCACGCCUCAUCCGGAAACUACCUGAAUUCGCACAGUCCACUGAGAACCUCGGACCGAACAGUUGCAGUAAAGGCCUCGGUCCAGACGCUGCCCCCCACUACGCAGAGGCAGAUAUCAUCAGCCUUCAGGAGUCCUCAGACAGCAGCACCUACUCCAUCACGGCUGUCAACAUGAAUCUGUUCGCUGGCACUGAUUCGUCUAUGAGAGAGUUCCCCAGAAACAAGCUCACAUUCAAGGAGAAGCUGGGAGAGGGCCAGUUUGGAGAGGUGCACUUGUGUGAAGCAGAGGACAUGCAGGACUUCCUGGACGAGGACUUGUCCAUAGAGGGAAACAGUGAGUCACCUCUACUUGUAGCUGUGAAAACAUUGAGAGAAGAUGCCAACAAGAACGCAAGAAAUGAUUUCCUGAAGGAAAUACGAAUCAUGUCACGUCUGAGGGAUCCCAACAUUGUGCGUUUGCUGGCGGUGUGCGUUGACACGGACCCCCUGUGCAUGAUCACUGAGUACAUGGAGAAUGGAGACCUUAACCAGUUCCUCUGCAAUCUGUGGCUGAAGGAGGCUGAUGAAGAGAAGCCGGAACAGGAGGAGAAGGAGGGGAAGAGUAUGGUCAGCUACAGUAAACUCAUCAGCAUGGCCGUGCAGAUUGCAUCCGGUAUGAAGUAUUUGUCUUCUCUUAACUUCGUCCACCGAGACCUGGCCACCCGCAACUGCCUGGUGGGUAAAAAUUACACCAUAAAAAUAGCUGACUUCGGCAUGAGCAGGAACCUGUACCGUGGGGACUACUACCGGAUCCAGGGCCGAGCAGUCCUGCCUAUUCGCUGGAUGUCAUGGGAGAGCAUCCUGUUGGGUAAGUUCACCAUGGCCAGUGAUGUGUGGGCGUUCGGAGUGACCCUGUGGGAGAUUCUGACUCUAUGUAGAGAGCAGCCUUACUCCCAGCUCUCUGACGAGCAGGUCAUCGAAAACACAGGCGAGUUCUUCAGAGACCAGGGCAAACAGGUGUACCUGCCCAAACCGCCCUGUUGUCCAGACAGAGUUUACAGCGAUCUGAUGCUGAGCUGCUGGAGGAGAAACGCCAAACAGCGGCCGAGCUUUCAGGAGAUUCACACUCAGCUGAUGGAGAGCGUGGCGUAGCAGACGGGACGAGGAGUUUAUCUUUCCCAAGCACUGUCAUGUUUGCCCUCUUCAGUCUAGAGUCAGAAAACAAGACCAUCUAAUGUUUUUAUUUUCAGAUAUUUAAGAUUGUUUCCCAAAGUUGUGCUGUAAAUACUAAGAUAUAAGGAGAAUGUAUUCAUGCUUUUGUGUUUUAUUGUUUACUUUUCAUCAGACUUUUGUCUAUUUAUAGGAUGCUCUAUUUUAAUACUAGGUUUUCAAGCACAUUUGUGAAUAUUUUCUAAUUUCUAUACAAAUGUAAUUAUACUGCAUAUUUAUUAGAGGAUGUUGAUACAGUGUGCCUAAUUUGGUUUAUAAUUUUAACUUGAACAAAUGACAUGUUUAAAAAUACUUAAUCUAUGACAAACUGUAUGUUUACUCUGCAGUUUUUAGUUUUAUAAAAGUGUCCUUUUGCAGAGAUAAAGUGUAUUUUGUUGAAGAGUAGUAAAGAACUAAGGUUUUUAGUAGCUGUCAAACCAAAGAUUUGUAAAUAACGAUAAUAUUUAUAUCAUUGUUGCUUUGACUGGGGUUUAUUUUCCAUUUUUAUUUUCAUUUUUUAAAGAAAAAAUGAAAAUAAAUGUUAUGGUAUUUCAUAAGCUUAUCAUAAUGAUGCCAACUUGAAUGUGUGCCGAAUUAAAGCUAAAGGCGGUCUGAAUAAAAAAGCAUUGUUUUGU